CGACUUUAGCUCGUUUUGUUUGAUGGUUUUGAUUUCGCUGAAGCGGAUUGGAUUCUCUGCCUUUGUUCAUGAGAAUUUCAUGUGUUUUGUAACUAAAUAACGCCAAGUAUUUUCAUUUGGACAUAAAACCAAAGGAGUAUGUGGACAGUACAAUAUCUGCUUUAAUUCUGAUGAUGUCUACUUCAAGUAACAUUUCGCAGUCUACUUAUUCUCCUUCCGAACCAGAAACUCCUCAAAACACGGCACAAAGUAGAAUUCAGAAUUUUGACCAGUCUCUUAACCAUGCGGAUCUUGGGCUGAGCAUCGAACAGUCAAUGAAGAAUGCUCAAAAAGAGAUGCACCAAAAACGAAUUCAAGCAUUAAGGAAGGAGCUUGACUAUCUCAAAUCUACAGAAUGGGAGUUUGAAUAUGACAAAGGAUUUGUCCAAUAACAAAAAAUCUAUUUUAAUUUUUCUUUUAUUUACCUAGUUGUUAAAAUAAAAACCAAACACAAUGUUUUCGUAUAUAAAGUCAUUUUUUAACUAUUUCUUUUCUAACAAUGCAUUUGAAGAAUAUGAUAAGGAAAUGGAAAACUAUUUGGCUGAUGAACUUGUUAAACUUGAUUUGGAACAAGAGGAAAGCUCAGAGGUUGCAGACGUACAGGAUAUACCUAGAAAUGACUGUUUUGAACGGACGGGUCUAAUAACAUACAUAAGUGACGAAGGCAAUUAUGUUCUUAUCGAUGGAAUGCUUUAUUUUGACAUUACCGCUUGUUCCGUAAACCUUAACUUAAAUGACAAGGUUCUUUAUUUAUGCUACAAAAAAUCCAAAGACUCGCUAGUUGUAGUGAGAAUCCUUGAGAACCAAGGUGAACACUGGGGUGAUUUUGACUUAGAAGUUCAUGAGAAUGGCUACAAAGUCAUCGAACAUGUAAUCAUUGGUGAAGUACAAAUUCGACAAGACCGCUACGUCGUUAUAAAGGAGAGUGACCUAAAAUUCAGCCUGGAUGACGUUGUUGCCACUUUUGUACCUAUACAAGGAGAUAUGUUGGAACUGAUGUGUAAGGUUCAGUAUGAUGAGGAUAAUCCUAUGGAUAUAUCAUCUAAUAUGGUAGUAGAGGUACUCUCAUUCCGACCACUAAGGAGUAAAGUGAUAUCUACAGUAAUAACUUCAUGGAAUGGAGAACAGGGGAGUUGUGAUAAACAAAUAUUUUUUAACAAACACUGUGUGGUCACUGGCGGUGAACCUCAUGUUGGAGCGAGGGCUUUUGUAGAAGCUGUUGAAAGUAAUCAAGGUUCAUUCUCAUGGAGAGUCAUCAAAAUGGACAUAACAGAGAAUGCAAAAACAAUUACUGAAAGCGCUCCCAUCAUAGACGAUAUAGAGGAAAGAAGUUUAGCAACUGAAGCACAGAAUAACAUAGAGGUUACAUACCCUCUAAAGUUCGAUAAUGUAAACUUUCAUGAGAAGCCGCAACUAACUCUUGCUAUAACAAAUAAAAGUAAUCAACAAAUAGUAAUGUAUAGAUGGAUGCUGCUAUGCAAAAAAAGAGAUUCGCAAAUCAGUAUCUAUCCGCCUUUACCCAACUCGGUUAGAUUGAUGCCUAAUAAAACAUUUAACUUUACCAUGACUUGCCAUCCCAAGUUUUAUGGAAAGUUUAAAGAACACAUGAUAAUAACAUUCAGAGGUUUUAAAGUUGAGAGAUUAAUUGAAAUUAACAUCUCAAGUGACAAUAUUGAUGCAAGGGAUGAUUCAUCAGUGAAUGGCAGUCCUUACCGAAAUAUAUCUGAAGUAAAUCAGAUUAUGAAGGAAAUGAGAAAUGGAUAUAAUAAAUCUUAUGUACCCGGUGUUCCCUUAAAAAAAACCCCAAACUUUAUUUCUGUCAGAUUGGGACAGUUUAAUAUACCCGAAAAAGUGUGGUCGGCAGUCAUAGGCAAUGAAUAUGAACAGCUUUCAGACCACAAUGCAAUUUUAGAGAGGAUUGAGACGCGUUUACCUUGCCUAUUAAAUGAUUUAAACAUCAGCAAUUAUAUGGACAGAUGGCACAUUCUUUUGUACUUGGAAGAGAUUCAAGCAACAAUAAAUAUGAAAAAUUUCAACAUGCCAUCCGCAUUUUUAGUGAGACAUCAUGAGUAUCUGGGUGUUGAAAUCAAAAAGCUGUCUGAAAGGAGGCCCUCUAUAAUUAUUGGAGAUAAAGUUAUUGUAAAAGACAUAUGGGACGAUAAGGCUUCAUCGUAUGAAGGCUACGUCCACGUUAUCAGAGGAGACUUGUUACUAAUGAAGUUUCAUCCGCGAUUCCAUGAAAGUUAUCAGGGUGGUGAUGUCUCUGUAGAAUUCCAUUUUAAUAGGAAUACGCUAAGAAAAGCACACCAUGCAAUUAAUUUGGCAAUAACUAAUCUGGGACCAAAUGUCUUGUUCCCAUCUCGCUUAGUAACACGGCCCCCACAAGUCCCAUUGGAGAAAUUAGCCACGAUGAAAUGGUUCAAUGAAAAACUGAACCAUUGUCAAAUGGUAGCUAUAAAAAAUAUUUUAAUCGGAGAAUGUCGUCCAAUGCCUUAUUGCAUAUAUGGACCACCAGGCACCGGUAAAACCAUCACUGUUGUGGAGACAUUGUUGCAAAUACUUACCCUCAUACCAGAUAGCAGAAUUUUAGUAGCAACACCAUCAAACAGUGCAGCUAAUCUAAUUACAGAAAGACUUUUACAAUACAGGAACAAAUUUUCUAGCUCCAUAAUCAGACUUAUUGCAAACUAUAUGGUUGACUCAGAAAACAUUCCAGAAGUAAUAAAACCUUUUUGCGCCACUCUAAAUAUCGCAAAGGAAAAUACCCAUAGACCAACUCACACGGUUCAUGAUGGUAUUAAUAUGAAUGUGCCUGCUUCUUACGUAGCGAGAUAUCGAGUUACCAUUGGAACUUGUAACUGUCUCGGGUCACUCCUCCAAAUGGAUCUACCUAAAGGACACUUCACCCACAUAAUUGUCGAUGAGGCAGGACAAGCAAUAGAACCGGAAAUAAUGAUUCCCAUGAGUUUUGUCAACAAAGAAACUGGUCAGAUAAUAUUAGCUGGUGACCCUAUGCAGCUUGGGCCUGUCGUAGUGUCUAAAUAUUGCCUUGACUUUGGAAUGGACAUAUCUUUCCUAUCCAGAAUACUAGAAACAUUCCCAUAUCAAAAAGACUUUGCGGCUUUCGAAAAUGGGUUUAAUAGCAAGCUGGUGACACAGUUGACUGACAACUACAGGUCUUUGCAAGAAGUUCUUACUUUGCCCAGUGAAAUGUUUUAUGAUUCAACUUUGGUUGCUAAGUUUGAUCGAAGUACACCAUUUGUACCGAAGAUACUUGAUGUCGUUUCGGAAAUAUAUGAAAUAGCUGACAACACUAAAACCGGUGGUAUUUUUGUGCAUGGCGUCAAAGGCAAUAAUGCUAAAGCUGUGGACAGCCCUUCUUGGUAUAAUCCCGAAGAAGCUUCCAUGGUUGCAUUGACUGUCUGUAAGCUAUACAAGAAUAAUAUACAACCUGACGAACUUGGCAUUAUAACACCUUAUGUAGCACAGAUAAAACAUCUACGUCGCUUAUUCGAUCAUAUGAAAUUGCGACGUCCGAAAAUCGCCACAGUCGAAGAGUUUCAAGGACAAGAGAGGCCUCUUAUUAUCAUUUCCACCGUGCGGUCCACUGAGUCUCUCAUAGCUGAAGAUCAGAAACACUCAUUAGGUUUUGUUAGAAGUUCAAAGAGGUUAAAUGUCGCGAUUACUCGAGCUCAAGUGGCUGUGAUAUUAUUUUGUGAUCCACAUUUAUUAAGCACUGACCCCUUAUGGAAUAAAGUCAUAAAUCACGCAGUAAAAGAAAACAAAUAUAUGGGAUGUCAAUUUUUGCCUGCCUGUAAUGGGAACAAUGAGCAAAAUAUUGAUGACUCAGAAUAAGGAUUGGUGAAGCUAAUAUCAUCCUCUUGCCCUUAUCCCAAUUUUAUUUGGGGUCGGCUCAGCAUGUUUUCUCCAUCCAUACUUUUCUAUUCAUAAUAUAUACUGGCUCUGACUACCCAUAACGACUGCCGAAUGAUACGAUGUUCACUGACAGCCGGGACGUACAGUUCAAAGUGUUAUCCGAAACACAGUCAUUGCUGAAAUAACUGUACAGUAUCAUCAAAAUUUUGUUCAGUAAUUUUUGCCCUUAUGAUUGAGAUCCAUAUGUACAAAUAUAGUGUAUUUUUAUUUCGAAACCACACACAAGAAUUCCAUUAAAUGUUAAUAAUGUAUUUUGAAUUUCUUUAACUUGAUGCGCAUUUUUUACUUACUUGUAAUAUUGAAACUUCCGAAAGAAACUUUAUGCUACUUUAAGGCCGCUGUCAUAACGUUUACUUGUAAUUUUAGAAGCAUCUACAUGGCUAUGUAUCUUAAUUUGUGCUUUUACACAAAUUGGUUGUCCAUGGAUUGAUAAAUAGAUUACUUAUUCCAAAAGUCAUUUUUAUUCAAAGACCUAAUUUUAAUUGUUUACUUUGGUUUAAGAUAUUGUUAAGCAUAUUUUUAAAUAAAAAAUUGACCUUUGUCUGA